AUGGCAGCUUCAGAUAUUGAGCAUCACGCAGAUUACUCAAAUGCUACCUUUGAAUCAAAAGAAGAAGCGCUUGUACAUUUGAUCGAUUCUUAUAAAGCUUUGGCUAACGAGCAAGACAAUUUUAUCUGCAACCUGGCAAAUGCUUCCUCUCUUCUAUGGUAUACAUACAAAGAACUGAAGGUUAACGUGAAUUGGACCGGCUUCUAUUUUACGGAUCCUAAACGUAAAGACCAUUUAAUAUUGGGUCCUUUCCAAGGAAAAGUUGCAUGCCAAUUAAUAAAAUUUGGAAAAGGAGUUUGUGGCACGGCGGCCUCUACCAAAAAAAGCAUUGUGGUUCAGAAUGUAAAUGAAUACCCAGGCCAUAUUGCUUGUGAUGGAGAGACGAAAAGUGAAAUAGUAGUACCUAUAAUAGUAAACGGUGCGACUGUAGCUGUCAUUGACCUGGACUGCCUAGACUACAACGCUUUUGAUGAUAUAGAUCGUAAAUAUUUAGGGCAACUAGCGAAUGCAAUUGCUAGUUCAUGUGUAUUUUAA